AUGUCUGAUCAGUCUAAUCGGAUGAUGUUGUACUUGAGUGUAAUUCGUCAUUUUGAUUCACAUGAUAUGAUUGAAUCCGAGAAAGAAUGUCAAUCUGUAAUACCACCGCCACCUCCACCGCCACCACCUCGACCAACUUCAUCUUCUUUGCAACGAAACUCCACUAUGCGUGUUAAUUGUUCGAAUUCAUCACUUCAGGAUUUAGAUUCAGGAGUGAAACCUGUCAGAAAAUUAUCAACAACAGUUUCAACUAAUCCUAAAAAUAAUUUAAAAUCUCCCAGUGUAGAAAUGCUUACGGAACUGACAAAUGCUUUCAAGUCUUUAAAAAACUUUACGAACAUAAUCGAUACCAAGAAUGUAGACUUUUCAAAAAAACUUCCUGUAAAUCGAGGUAAAAUUAUUUCAGCUAUUCGACAAAAUUCAUCUGAUACUUCAAAUAAUUCACAUAACAAACCGAACACUGUAAUGCCAUCGGUUAUAGAAUCCGAUGAUUGUUGUUCUGUCGAUACAUCAUCGUCAUUAUCAUAG